AUGCCCCUCCGUCCAGUAACUCUCAUCUUCCUUCUCAACGCCCUCAACAUCUGCAGCACUUGCAGUCCCUGCUUCACACUGUGUGUACGCAAAAGCACGAGCAGCUCAACAGAGAUUUGUCCUGUUGUGUGUGACAAACAAGAGAAAAGUGAUUUGGACACUCUGCAGGGCUCCACGAUUGUAAUAAGCGUGAGGGCAGUGAAUAAGUCUUGUGAGGCUCGAUAUGCGUUGACCUUGACGCAUGAACCCAGGAUUUCAGUUGACGCCGGAGAAAUAUCUGGAAACGCUACUGCAACAGACACAGAACAUCAAGUGAACAUACAAUGUGGCACUGGAACAUUCCGUGCUGACGUCACCAUCAGUGCCAACGUCUCCAUCUCGACAACCAACGUACACCAACAUUUCUCAGCAAAACUACAACGAACGUGCAGCACAGACAAAACUGACCCUCCUCCUCCUCCUGAUUCGUCCGAUUCAAACAACUUGGCUGGACAAGAACUUCUCAUUGUCGUCAUCUGUUCAUCAGUUGGUGGUGUGAUGAUCAUCACCAUCAUCAUACUCACAGCCAUCUACCUUCGUAAACAAACAGUCAGUCCCGAGUCAGGCAGCGAAGUCGGUGAGAACCUCCGACGACGAGUGACAAUGACAUUUCCAACACCCACAGAAAUCGAAACAAAAGAGACAGAAUUUUAUCGUCCGUUUAGCACACCAAACUUCAUCAUUCCACACGAACUCGAAUUUCCAUUCGACAACUUGAACGCACUGAAUGCAAUCGGCAAGACAACAUUCGGUCGUCUCUACACAGCAAAUGCCAGAGAUUUGCUGGAAGGCGAGGCAUUGACGAGUGUACUACUUCGCAUGCUACACGAAGAUGUCGACAGCGAAGUGACUCGAGGAUUUCUCAAACAAGUUGAGAAGAUGGCGAGUCUCGUUCACGACAACAUCGUCCAACUGCUUGGAGUCUGUUCGCGUGAGAUUCAACCGUGUAUGAUAUUCGAGUGUCCUGAUGGUGGCAACCUCCACGAGAUCCUCAAAUCAACCGACCCCGAUGCCAACAUCUCGACCCCAGAGAAGCUACCAGACACCGACCUACUCAGUUUCGGUGUCCAAGUCGCCGAUGCGAUGACGUAUCUCGAGAAACGUCGCUUUGUUCAUCGAGAUUUAGCGACACGAAACUGUCACGUGACCCAACAGAAACAAAUCAAGUUGCUACCGUUUGGUGUCAUUCGUCCCGAAGACGAGGAAAACUAUUACAAAGUCGGACACCAAACGAUGCUCCCGGUGCGUUGGCUCCCGCACAAUACAAUCACACAUGGAAGCUUCACCACACAGACAGACAUCUGGUCGUUUGGUGUCUUCCUCUGGGAGCUGUAUUCGUAUGGAAGGCAACCGUACGAAGGACAAACCAACGAGGAAGUCGUGUGGUGCCUGCAGGCCGGCGAGCUCUUACAGCAGCCGGACGAAUGCCCGAACGAAGUCUACGAUCUUAUGCUUCAAUGCUGGAGAGAAAAGACGACAUUUAUGGCCCUGCAUGCGGCUAUUCGGCUUAUGCAGGUGUAGAGCAAGACGGAGGGUUCUCAUUGCUGUAUUUAGACGCUCUUUAUAAAGCAUGGACAAACACGGACACAUACAACUUUGCGAUAGAUUUACGAAAUAUGCAUCGUCUGUUAUAGAUAGGUUUGUGUCAGUUGUGCUGGUUGU